AUGACAUCCCUGGCGACGGCGCCGGCGCCGGCGGCGUCGGGCGGGCGGGAGGGCGACGAGAUGGUGAUCACGCCGCUCGGCGCGGGCAGCGAGGUGGGCCGCUCCUGCGUCCACCUGAGCUUCAAGGGGCGCACAGUCCUAUUCGACUGCGGCAUCCACCCGGCGUACCCCGGCAUGGCGUCGCUGCCCUUCUUCGACGAGAUCGACCCCGCCGCCGUCGACGUCCUCCUCAUCACGCACUUUCACCUGGACCACGCGGCCGCGCUGCCAUACUUCCUGGAGAAGACCGCGUUCAAGGGCCGAGUCUUCAUGACCCACGCCACCAAGGCCAUCUACAGGCUGCUGCUCUCCGAUUACAUCAAAGUCAGCAAGGUGUCCGCCGAGAACAUGCUGUUUGACGAGCAGGAUAUUGUCAGCUCAAUGGAAAAAAUUGAGGUCAUAGACUUCCACCAGACACUGGAAGUUAAUGGCAUACGCUUCUGGUGCUAUACUGCUGGGCAUGUACUUGGAGCUGCCAUGUUCAUGGUGGAUAUUGCUGGCGUUCGCAUUCUUUACACUGGUGACUACUCCCGUGACAGGCACCUGAAAGCUGCUGAGAUCCCCCAGUUCUCCCCUGAUAUUUGCAUUAUCGAGUCAACUUACGGUGUGCAGCGACACCAACCCCGCCAUGUCAGAGAGAAGCGCUUCACUGAUGCCAUCCACAACAUUGUUUCUCAAGGGGGCCGUGUUCUUAUCCCAGCAUUUGCUCUUGGUAGAGCACAGGAGCUGCUGCUUAUCCUAGAUGAGUAUUGGUCCAACCACCCAGAGCUCCAUAAGAUUCCAAUCUAUUACGCCUCCCCUCUUGCGAAGAAGUGUAUGGCUGUCUACCAGACAUACAUAAACUCCAUGAAUGACAGGAUCCGCAACCAGUUUGCACGGUCCAAUCCCUUCCAUUUCAAGCAUAUUGACCCUUUGAGUAGCAUAGACAACUUCCAUGAUGUUGGUCCGUCAGUGGUGAUGGCAAGUCCAGGUAGCCUCCAAAGUGGCCUCUCCAGGCAGCUCUUUGACAAGUGGUGCACAGAUAAGAAGAACACAUGUGUUAUUCCAGGUUAUGCUGUUGCUGGCUCCCUUGCAAAGGAGAUCAUCACUGAGCCGAGAAAAGUGCAGCUAGCAAAUGGGCUCACUGCUCCUCUCAACAUGCAGAUCUUCUACAUCUCCUUUUCAGCUCACGCGGAUUUCCCACAGACGAGCGGCUUCCUGGGCGAGCUUCGACCAGCCAACAUCAUUCUUGUACACGGGGAAGCAAAUGAGAUGGGGAGGCUCAGACAGAAGCUGAUCACUCAGUUCGAGGGAACAGACACACAGAUCGUGUCUCCCAAGAACUGCCAACCAGUGCAGCUGUAUUUCAGCUCUGACAAGAUGGCCAAGGCAAUUGGCAGAUUGGCAGAAAAGGUGCCAGAAGUGGGGGAUUCUGUCAGUGGCUUGCUUGUGAAGAAGGGCUUCACGUACCAGAUUAUGGCUCCUGAGGACCUCCGGGUGCACACACAGCUAUCUACCACCAACAUUACCCAGCGGCUCGCUGUCCCGUAUUGUGGUUCUUUUGAAGUCAUCAAGUACAGACUGAGGCAAAUAUACGAGAGCGUGGAAUCAUCAACCGACGAAGCCGAUGUUCCAACACUGAUUGUUCAUGAGAGGGUGACCAUCCGCCUGGAUUCAGAGAGCUACGUGACGCUACAGUGGUCCUCUGAUCCCAUAAGCGACAUGGUGUCUGAUUCCGUGGUGGCUAUGAUCUUGAACAUAGGGCGUGAGGGACCAAAGGCCGUUCCAAUGGAAGAGGAAACAGAGAUGGUGGCGCAGAAGGUGGUGUACGCUCUCAUGGUGUCGGUCUUCGGCGACGUUCAAGUGGCGGGGGAAGGGAAGCUUGUUAUAACUGUGGAUGGGGAUGUCGCGCACUUGGAUGGGAGGAGCGGUGACGUUGAGUGCGCGAACGCAGCGCUGAAAGGGAGGAUCGAGACCGCGUUCCAUCGCAUUCAGGGUGCUGUGAGACCAAUCCCGCUGUCGGCCUCCUGA